AGAUGUCAUGCAGCGCCAUUCCUACAUAGCCAAAAAUUAUGCUUUAAUUGGUUUUGCUAUAUUCAUAGCCAUUCUAUUUUUGCAUCGGUAUACAUCUAUUCAUCACAUCUCACCAUCACAUCAAGCUGUAGGAGCAGCUUCCUUCAAGCAUUUUCAGAUGCGAGAACGUCCAGUAGUCAUCUAUCAUCCACCUGAUUCCAAUCCUGGCAUACCGUCCGGAUUUACGGUUUUCCACAAAAAUGGCUGCCCCAUUAGAAAUUGUGUACUAACGAAAUCAGAACUUCACAAGCACACUGCUGAUGUGAUUUUAUUUGGGGAAAACUCGGAAUGGAAACCUCCGCAAAAACGCUCAAAAAGUCAAGUCUGGAUCAUCCGUCUUAUGGAAAGUCCGGAGAAUACGAAAUUUUUGCGAAAUUAUAUGGCACAGAUCAACUACACAGCAAGCUAUCACCGCGAUAGUGAUAUCUACCUGCCUUACGGGUUAUAUAAGCCAUUUCAAAAAGUAAAGAAAAAACGUUUUGUAAACUAUGCUAAAGGCAAAUCUGGCCUAGCGGUAUGGCUAGUAUCAAACUGUUUGACAAACAACAACAGGAUGCUUUUUGCUAAACGUCUUUCGGAAUUCAUGCAGGUAGAUAUCUACGGCGAAUGCGGGAAAGGUAGCGUGCCAAGAAAGGAUCUCCAUCGCUUGAUCAAAAAUUACAAAUUCUACCUUGCUUUCGAAAACAGCAACUGUCGUCAGUAUAUCAGCGAAAAGUUCUGGAUCAAUGCUCUCAGCAAUAAUGCUGUUCCGAUUGUGAUGGGUGCUCCGAAAAGUGAUUACAUGGCUGUGGCUCCUCCUCAUUCUUUUAUUCAUGUCGACGAUUAUGAACCUCCACAACUUGCUCAAUAUUUGCUCUACCUCGAUAAGAAUGAUACCGCUUACAAUGAAUACUUUGCUUGGAAGAGUUUUGGACGGGUUGUUAGCUCAGACUUCUACUGUCAACUGUGCUCAUUCGUGCAAUCACCUCCAAGGAAAAUUUAUAAUGAUAUUGAUACGUGGUGGAAGAAUACUGGUAAAUGUCAAAAUGUGCCAUGAUUGUUAUCUAUUGUAUUGGAAUAAAAAAUUGCUCG